AUGCUCUUUUCAAUUCCGCUGCUCCUGCUGCCAAUCCUGGCGGCAAAUGCACACAACGGUGUCGAGCUGACCGGCUCUCCCGAGGUGGUGAUCAAAGAGGCGACCGCCUAUCCCUUCAUUGUGGCAAUCACCCAGAAGAAUGAGAGCCAGCCAUGGCAGCAAGACUAUAAGUGCGAUGGGUCGAUCGUCGACAAGGAUUGGGUGGUGGUGCCGGCGACUUGUGUGCCAGAUAGCGUCGACAUCAGCACUUUGGUGGUCACUGCCGGAACCUCCGAAAUUCGCACCACUUCUGAACUUAAGCAAGUCCGGGCAGUCGUCAAGAAGCGCACCCAUGUUGUGGCGUUCGCGUUGCUACGGCUGAAAGAACCGAUCGAUUUUGGGAAUAGUGCCCAGCCAGUGGUCGUGCCGAAAAACUCGGAAAAGCUGAAGAACCCCUCGACCCGAAUGAAGCUGCUCGGGCGUAGCCAAGGUGGAAACGAGCUACUCUACAUGACAGAGUUCACCCAGCAGGCAGCUCUCGAUUCCUGCGACGCGGCAACAACCUACGGGCACAUUUAUUAUCAAACUUGCGGUGUGCCCACAAACUUCUCCGGCCGUACAUGUCCAGGCGGCGGCCCUCUAAUGUUUCCAUUGCUCGAUGGUCGCAACCAGAUUGUAUGGGUCCAGAUUGGGAUGAUCGGCAGCAGGGUACAGUGUGACGUCGCCAAAGGAGCGUCCCUGCUAAACCUCACUGAUGCCUGCAAUUGGAUGGAGCAGAUCGUCGAACAUCCUGUGUGCCGUGAUGUCAUGCUGGCGUCAAACUACGGCGUAAAUGCCGAAAUUCCGGCCGAGCAGCUCGUCAACGACAUCAAGGACUACCCCUAUAUGGUGGCAAUUAUGGAGAAGAAGGAGGGAGAACCAUGGCAACAAAUUCACAACUGUAGUGGCACGAUCAUCGACAAAAAUUGGGUGUUGACUUCACUUGAAUGCGUCGCGGAAGUGGAUAUAUUUGAGGAGGAAAUCGAUAUCCGCGCGCACCACCUCAAACUCAGCUUCUGGCUCGACGACUCGCUUACCGAUUUGGAGGUCCACAAGCCGACCGGAAAAUAUCGCCGGCUGGGGCUGCCAAAACCCGCUCCGCUGUGUGACGAGCUGUUAGACUGGCUAAACAAUAAUGCCUACGAGUUU